AUGUCCGAUCAAGACAUUCAUCCAAUUAUAUUCAUGGAAACUCGAAGUAUCUGUAAAUAUUACAUCGAUUCAUAUAAUGCUUUGUAUCAGUUAAAAACGGAAAAAGAAGAAGAUUUAAACUCGAUUUACAAAAUGAUCAAGACGGAAUUGAUUGAUUCAAAGAAAUAUCCUCCUGACAAGAUUACAGGAGAUAUUCUGAAUAUAAUUGAAUACAAUAACCGCUAUACAAAGUCAUACUUGGAACUUAUCAAACAUAUAUUUGACGAUUAUAAUGUUACAGAGGUCCCAAACAUUAAAUUGGCUUUAAGCUUCCUGUUUUAUAAGGAAUACGGAAUUAAAUUAGACAAAACUGUUAAUUUCGAAAAAAUAGAAUUUAACAUUAGAGAAAUUCAUAAAGAAAACACAAUUUACAGAGCGAUUAUGUACAAUGACUUAGAAAAAUUCAUUGCAUUCACAGAAAUAGAUGGAUUUAAUAAAGAUCAAAAACUUAUAAGCGAUUUAUAUCCAUUUAUCUCCUGUGGAUAUUCAUUACUUGAAUUAUGUUGUUACCACGGAUCUGUUGAUUGUUUCAAGUUAUUAAGAACAAAAUUUAACUCAGAAAUCACUAAAAUAUGUCUAGAAUUUUCAUUUUUAGGAGGAAAUCCAGAUAUCAUGAGUGAAUGCUUGAAAUAUCAAACACCAAAUGAAAGAUGCAUGAAAAAUGCAAUUAUUUCACACAACAUUGAUUUUGUUACAUUCUUGAUGAAUGAAUAUAAUAUAGAGAUCGAUUUAGAUUAUUGCUGGGUUUAUAAUAAUCUUGAAGCUUUCUUAGUUUAUUCUGAUCAAAUUAAUGAUAUUAACAAAGUAUUUGCAAACUCAACGAAGUUUAAUAUUCCAUCCCUAUGCGAAUAUUACCUUUCACAUGGUGCAAAUAUCAAUGAAAAAGAUAAAAGUGGAAACACCCCUCUUCAUUGGGCAACAAUAUAUAAUAAUACAGAAACAACCGAACUACUAAUUACAAAUGGUGCAAAUAUCAAUGAAAAAAAAAUAAAUAUGGUGAAACAGCUCUACUUUAUGCAACAAUAA